AUGGCCUCAUCACAAAACACCCCCAACAUCCCCUCGGCCAAACGCCGGCGCGUGGACGCCGCGAAUGCGACUCUUAAGAAGCCGUUCAGAUCACCAAUGAUCAACCGGCAGAGUCCAUCCACAACCGCCAGCAAUACGACCCCGACACAAGCAUCGCCAAGUCUGUCUCGCCGCUCUAUCGACAGCUUGUCUCGCCCACCAACAUCAUCAUCAAUCCCAGCAACCCCCUCGCGACCAGGCAAUCCGUCACCCCUUAGGCUGGGGACGAACAGCGCUGCUGCCCGAAGACCGUUGCUUCUCCAGAAAAGCUUCAAGUCCGUGUCGACGCCUUUGCCGUUUAAGCAGCGGCAGCAGGACACUGCUAGGUCUACUAAUGAGGGAGAUGAACUAUUGCAACGAAUCCAGCGCUCUCAUAGGGAGUUGGAUGCACAGAUGAAGAAGGUGGAGAAGGAGCUUGAGCGGGUGAGGCAGGCUAAGAUGAUUGAGGAGGCGUCGCGGAGGAAGAGGCCUGGGGAGGAGGUUGAUGCUGAGCUGAGCGAGUUGGUUGGGAAGUGGAAGGGGGCGAGUAGGUUGGCGGCGGAGGAGUUGUUUGAGGUUGUCAAGGGGAGGGUGGAUGGGAUGGGGGGCGGGGGGGCUUGGAGGGAGAGUAGGAAGAGGAGGUUUGGGGAUUGGGAUGGGGAGGAUAAAAAGGGGGUGGGAGGGGAGGAGGAGGAGGAGAGGGAGGGUUACAGGGGUGAGCUUGAAGGGGAGGAUUGUGAAGAGGAUGAUCAAAAAGGGGAGGAGGGGGACGAUACGGAGGGCUUUACGAUGCUCAUGAUGUUGAAAAGUUUGAAUAUUGAGCCGGAAGUUUUGGGGUGGGAUCCUGGAGAGGAGAAGUGGAAGGACUGA